AUGAAUUAAAAGGAAAAAGAGAAAGCAUAAACAUUUGAAUAAGAGCUUGUUUUUUAAAGCAGUAGUAAUUCAAAUAAUGAAUAUAAAAGCAACAAAUUGGAUAAAGAUUCUUCUCCUUUUGACUAGGUAAUUGAGAAGAAAAAAUUGCUGAGUCAUGAGAUGAAUAUAAACGAAGUCUACUUAGGCUAAAAAAAUGAAGAGAGCAGUAAAUAAAUCUUUCCAGUCUAAAAAACUAAAUCACUUGAUUAGCCAACAGGUUAGAAUACUUAGGCCUAAGAUAAAUUUGAAAACUAGUAAGAUGAAGAGGCCGAUGUCUCUUCUAAUGAACUAAUAAUUUAAGAAAAAGAAGACAAAAAAUAAAUGAAUUCAAUCAAAAAGUUUAAAUAGUUCAACAAAAAAAUAUUUAAAAAAACAGCCAAACUCUAAAAAAGCAUCUUUAAUAUCCUGUUUAAAAGAAAAUUAUUCAGAAUAAUUUUAUUGCUAGCAAUUGAAGUGGUUGCUAUAGCUCUAUUUAUAGCUUUCUUUAAUGGUUUAGGUUAUAGUAGAGGUUAGAUUUAAAUUUAUGAAAGCGAUCAAAUAAAUAUUCAAUUAAAUAGGUGUGUUAUCAAAAUUAUUGAUUAUAAUAAAAAAGAUAAUAUUGAUUUAAACUACCUUUCAAGAACAUAUCUACCUGAUUAGAUUGACGGAAACAUACUGAUGGUCUACUCGUUUCCAAAUCCAUAGCCUUACUAAAAAAAUUACUCAUUUUCUUAAUCAAACUCAUAAAAGACGUUUUCUUUUGAUAAUAAUGCAAAUUAUAAAUCAUGUUAAAUUGCAUUCUAUGUAUACCAAAAGACUUAAUUGAGUAGUUUAACAAUCAAUUGCUUAGAUAAACAAUGUGAUAUUUUAAUAGAUUCAUCUAAUAUAUCCUUUACUUCAUUAAGCAUAUAAGGACCUUAAGUCUAUCUUAAUUCACCAAGCAUAAUAGUAUAAGACUUUUCAUUUUUGACUUUCUAAGGAAAUUUUGAAGUUAACAACUUCUAAUUUUCAAAAGCUUCUGUAGAAACUUCGGAGGGUGAUAUAAUUAUACAAUCUUUAUAGAGUAUUACUGCAACUGUAUAGCUAACCAAUAAGUAUUAUUGUGUCUCAACAUAUUCCUCAACUCCUAUACUGAAUACGAUUACUAGUAAUCCAGCAAGCUGCACUCUUGUAUUUCCCUAUGGAACAACUGAUUUUGAUCCUAAAAACAUGGUAGCUGAGAGAUGUAUUUCAGGUUCUAUUACUAUUCCUUCAAAUAUAGGAGGGAAUCAAAAUCUUAUUGCUAAGAAUACAUUUGGUAACCUUUUCAUAAAUGUACUUUAAAAAGUAGGGUAAGCAGCAGAUUAGAUCCUCAAUGCAUAGUAUGUUUAUGAUCAAACUAUUUAUGGAAAGAAUGGAGAUUCAAUAUCAUUUUCAAAUAAUUCAUAGAGCAGAUUGAAUAGCUAGAUGGAAACAGCAAGUAAUCCAAAUGUAUAUGAUCCAAUCUUUGUUAUGAGGUUUGGAUCUUCAUAAAUAGAGUCAAAUACUUACUAAUAAUGGCAAAUAACAUAUAAUCCAGCUUAUUCAUACUUUAAACCUUAUUGGUUAGGGGCAUUGACGGUAAAUCUUCUUAAUUCUUAAAGAUAUUAAGAUUAAUAUUUUCUCGCACCAGGAUUUUGUCCUUUUGUAAAUUCGUUGAGCUAAAAGAGGCUUAACUCAGUAAAAGAAUUGCUAAAAUCAUAGUUUAAAUCAUAAUAAAAUUCUGCAUAUUUCAUUUAUUCUCUAGCUUGGUAAUCUUCAAUCAGCUUGCCACCAAUCUAAUUUACGUAAACUGAUACAUAUAGUAGUUUAAGAGAAAUAUCUCUUAGUGAUAAUUAUGUGGACGAUUGGAUUGAUUUUAAUAAAAAUAGUGAUGGCAAUAUUACAACAACUUAAUUGAAUGUAUCCUAAAGCGGAGUAUUAGAAGCAGCAAUUAUAGUUAGCUUUAUAUUAGCAUGCAUAGUAGGAUUAGUCCUAAUAGUUGCAAUAGUUUACAUAAUAAAUGUUAACUACAUCUAUUUACUCAAUCACAUAUCUAAUAUAGAUACCUAUUCCUAGAUUUUAAAUAAUCAAUAAAAUCAAAAUGAAAGAGGAAUAGAUAGUAAUGAAGAUCUUGAAGAACAAAAAGAAGAAGAUUCUGCAUAAAUACCUGAAUAAAUUAAGUAAAAUGAAGCUAUAAAAAUAGAGUACUCCAUAAAAGGAAUUCUUAAGUUGUUUUUUAAUUUAAUCUUAUUAUCUCCUCCUUUGAGUGCAUAUAUUGAUUAGGUUGUUAUACUUUUCUAAAAAGCUAGAUAGAAUUCUAUCAGUGAAUUUUAUAAAUUGCUCUUUAAAAAGGUUUAAAUUAAUGAAAAAGCUUCUGAUGAUAUUAUCCAUAAUUUAGAGAAAGAUUCAAUAGUAGGAUCUGAGUUGAAAGGACUGUAUGAAAAAUACUGUUAUCUAAAUUAGGUGCUUGAAAGAAAAUUAGAUGAUGAAGACAGUGUUAUUUACCUAUAAAAAAGAGGUUUUAAGAUAAUGAAUAAAUAUGAUGCUUUAAUUCAGUCUUAUUCUUAUAUUAAAUAUAAUGGAAAAAUAGCAUCCAUCUCUGAUACUUAAAAUAAAAAUUCUUUGUAACUCUUUAUAGAAUCUUCAUGCACUCUUACUAAAUUUCCGAAUGAUACAAUUGAUUCAAUAUCGUUUGACUAAUAUUACAAUGAUUUUUGUGAGAUGAAUCAUAUUGCUAAAUAAACAAUUAGCGAAGGUUAAUUAUAAAGAGACUUUGGUGUUGAAACAAAAUAUGAUCCAUUAUAAGUGAUAGAGAGAGAUCCAAACUACGAUCUUAAAAAAAAUAAGACUAUGUAUAUUGUAGAUAAAAAUAGAGUUAAUAAUACCUUUAAGCUUCUACUCUCAAAGAAUCUGAAAGGAAAAUAAUUUAAAACAGAGGAAAUGGAAGAAGUUAAGAAAGAGUUAUUUUCUCCAGAUUUUUGGUGGUUUUAUGAUACUUUGACAGUUUUAGCUCACUUAGGAUCAAUUAUUAUUUUGGGAUGUCCUUUUAUUAUCCUGAUUAUUUUUAUUAGAAUACUUCAAUCCAAUUAUUCUUCAGUUCCUAUUCAGAGAUUAAUUUUCAGCUAUGAUAUUAUAGAAGAGCCCUCGUCUAUCCCUUACAAAUUAAUGUCUGAUACUGGUAUAGUUAUUGCAAUUACUGUUAUAUCUCUUAUUUUCUUAGGUCUUUCAUCAUUUGAUUUAAUUCAUUAUUAUAUCUUCAUGACAAUCCCUUAAGAGAGGCAAUUUUAAAAUUAUAAUUAAUCAAGUUAUAUCAGAAAAUUAACUUCAAAGAUAAUGUGGGUAAUUGUUCUGUUUGUUUUAUAUGGUGUUGGUGUGUAUUUAAGUUUAGUAGGAACAUGGCUCAUCUUAGGUGCUAUUAUUAAUCCAAAUGCAUUCUUACCAUAUGCAACUUCAGCUGCUACUUUUCUUACUUUAGUUACUAGAAAAUAUUAAAUUCUAAAGCAGAUAUUAGAUUAAGGAGUAAAACUUUUAACAGAUUACUUGAAAGGGUUAGCAGAGAAAUAGUUCAAAGAUAUGUUAAAAAAAUUAGAUAUUGGAGGUAAAGUUGAUUAAUUUGUCCCGACUGAUCAAGUAAAAUCACUAUGCUAAGAGGCAGCAAAUUAUGGCCUAAUAGAUCCAAAGCAAUCUGAAAAUAUAUAAGAUAAUUUAGAGAUUAUGGUUAGAGAUCCUGAGGCUGUUUCUCAUCUUGGUAAUGAAAUGCUACAGAUUGCAUAAGAUCCUAAAUAAUAUGCAAUAAGUAUUAUGGGAAAAUUAGAAGAAAAGGCCAAGCAAUAGCUUGAAUAAUAACUUAAAUAAUACCUACCUAUCAUGGCUCAGAGUCUAACUUAGCUAAUUUUUACUAUUUUAAGCCGUUAAAAUACAAGAUUGAAAACAGAAUUAGUAACUGUUCUAUCAGACUUAAAUUUAGAAAUCUAAAACAAAUUUAAAGAAAAAGCUGAUAAGGAUUUAACAUAAAAACUAGAAAUUUUAUCAGGACCUAUCUUAAAAUUAAUAUUUGAAUUUUAGUCAUAAGACACUUAAUCUAGGUAAGAAAAAAAGAAUGCUAUUUUAUAAUAAGUAAGUUACUUAAUAUCAACUAUGGUUUUGUAGAAAUUCCCUUUCUCAAAAGAAAAUUAUAUUUAAAUUUAAUCAGAAGAUAAAAAUUUGAAAAAUGAAGUUAAUACUCAAAAAAAGAGUGGAGAAGGUUAUGACUAUAAACAACUAUAUCAAGAAAAGCUGAAAAAAUUUAAUAAGAGCGAAGUUUAAAUAAAUUAGCAAACAGUAUAAAAAGCAUUACAAACUAUGUUUAAUGGAGUAUAUAAUAUAUUUAAUGAAGGCUAAAAAUAAAAUUUAGAAGGAGUUUUAAAAGAAUUCUUGAAAAUUUUAUAAGAAUUUCAAUCUAUGCCAGUUUAUCCUAAAUUAAAAGAAAUGUCUAAAUUUACUAGUCUAUUGAGCUUAGUAGUAGAGGUCUUUAUAAAUUUUAAAUCAUUGUCAAGAAGUGAAAUUUUAAGAAUGCUUAAAAAGUUUAUUUAAGACUCUUAAAUAGAGGAUAAAUUUGAUGUUUGUAAAUUUAGUGUAAUUGAUUUUUGUGACUUCCUUCUUUUGAUUAUUAGCUCAUUUAAUUAAGAGUAGAAGACUCCUGAUGUAAAUCAAAUGAGAGAAAUAUUUAUUUCUAUUUUUAAAGAAAGUCAAAACGCUGAUAAAACUGAUGUCAAAAAGCUGUCUUCAAUUGUUGUUUUCUUCAUUUUAGGAUUUAGAAGUAACUUACAAAAUAUACCAGUUGACGUGAUUAAAGAUAUAUUAGAAUGGGUUAGAGAAAAAUGCAAAGAUGAUAAUGGCUUAUUUAGAUUGAUUGAAUUUAUAUAGCUUGUUUUAGAUAAUAAAGGAAAUAGUAAAGGAAAUGCAUAAUAAAAAAAGCUAAUACUUAUAUAAAAUUUACUGUGUUUACUUGAGAAAUUAUUUAACAAUAAGAUAGGUUAAAUAGAGAAUAUGCAGGUAGGUUCGCAAAGAAUUUAUGGUGUAUCAAAGGAAUUUUAGAAAUUCUUUUUAAAAAUUAUAUUUUGUAAACAUGGAAAUUUUACAAAUUAAUCAGAUUGGGAAAGUCUUACACAAUUAAAUCAUUUUUAAAUCAUUUCUAAAAAAAUGAGGAUGUCCCCAUAAGAUUUAAUUGGUUUAAUAUAAUUCACGCUCAACUAAAAUACAUUGCCAUAAUACUAAAGUUUUAUAAGAAUGAUUCUUAAUUAAUAUAAGAUUUAAAAGAAAGCUUAAAAAAGAUUAAAUCAACUUAUCGUGUUUGUUUUGUCUACAGAUGAUUAUGAUCUUCACGAAGUUUUCAUUGAAUUAGAUAUUGAAGAUAAAAUAGAAUUUUUGUUUCUUGAAAAAAAUAAAAAAGAAACAUUAAAAAAGAUAAAUUUUGAAGAUUUUAAGACAAUUCUAUAAUUUUUAAGAGGAAAAUAUGACUUUGAUCUAUUUGAGUCACAAAUUACCUAAAUAUUAGAUAAAAACUUCCCUGAUUUCCAAGGAUAUAUGUCUAACAAUACUGUUGGAAAAAACAAAAGUGCUAAUAUCAUCAAUUUUAUCAAAAAUAUUAAAUUUAAAAAUUAAGCAUUUUCUUACAUGUUGAAUAAUAUACAAAUUGGAUAAAUCACAUACUAAUAAAUUGCACAGCUGAUUAAACAUUUGUAAAUUGGAGAAGAAUAAGGUGUUGAUAGCAAAACAGCAAAUUUAUUUGGAAAACUAAUAUCUUUGACAAAUUUAAAUAGUUUAAAUUUAACUUCAUCAUCCUCUGUUUUCAAAGAAUAAGUUUAAAACCUUGCCACGAUUAUUAAUUUAGACGAGAAAAUAGUAUAGUCUUUUUUAUAAUUAGUAUUUUGCCCUGAUGAUAAACUAUUCGAGUAAUUUAAUGAUUGCUUUUAGAUGCAAAUAAGUGGUCUUAAUUAUAGUUAGUUUAUAAACCAUACUGUAUUUAACGUGAAAGAAAUAGAUGAUUACUAAAAUUAACUUACCAAAAUAAAUUAAACACUUUUCUAAAAUAAAAUUCCUAUACCUUUACUUAAGAGCAUAGUUGUAGACAUGUAGAUUCCAUAAAAUAUGGAAACUAUUUAAUUCUUGUUGCAGCUCACCAACUAAGAAAUCCCUAAAAGCAUUAAUAGCUUUAUCAAGUUUGUAUUUAACUCUUAAAUGAAUUCAGAAAAAGAAGAAUUUAUUUAAUUAAUACUUUAAAGUUAAAAUAGUGUUACUGAAAAAAAUUACUUAGGUGUUUCAGGAUUAGUAAACAUGUUUACAAACACUAAAAGCUCUGUCAAGCUUUAAAUUCUUCUUCAAUAUUUAGCUGACUCUGACAAUUAGUAUAUUUUAUUAAUAGCUUGUAUGUUUUGUUAUUUAGAGGGUAGAGCAGAAGGAAUAUUUAUAAAAAUAAAUGACAACUAAAGCAAUAAAAAAAACACAUUAAAGCUCUCAAUUGAACAAUACUUAUCAAGAUAAUUAGAGAUUAAAAUAGAAUUUUUUGAGGCAUUCCAAGCAAUUUUUUGUAGCAAUAUACAACAAUUUUCCUCUGCUCUUAUCAAACUUUUUAGAUAGAUCGAUUACCAAGAGCAGAGAUUAAUAAAAGAAUUCAGUUAAUAAGGAAUUAAAUCAAAUUAAGUUGCUCCAGAUGGAAAAUCUAAUACAAAAACAUAGAUUUAUAUGGAAAUUGUAAAAAAUAAAACAGAAUUAUCCUUUAAAGAAGCAUAAACAUAAUAAGAAAAUUUUGUAAAUAACGUCACUGUUUCUGAUAAAGAAGUUGAGCAAUACCUCAACUUAAAAAGAGGUUAAUCUAUUAAUACUUCCUUUUUUAGUAGAGAGCUCAAUAUCCCUCUUGACAUUGUGGAAUUCUUUUAGUAUAUUUAUUAAAUAAAAAGUGCUGAAGACUAUUAAUCUAUAAAUAAAACAUUUGAAGAAAUGAAAAACAGCUCAUCAGUAAUUUCAGUCUUGAAAAACAUAAACUUAGAGUUAAAAGAUCUUAAAAAUUGCAUAAAGUUAUUUUAUAAAAUGAUUGAAAUAUAAGAAGUUUAAUAACUUUAAGAAGCAUUUAAUUUGCCUUCUACUGUGAAUGUAGAAGCAUUACAGAAUCUUUUACUUCUCGAUUAAGAUUUUGAUGAUUUUGCAAAUAUAGAAGACAAUAGAAAGUUAUUAUAUAAUUCUUUAAACUAAAAUACAAUAAAUUAAAAAUUUGAAAUAAAACCAUAUUGGUCUUCUUUUAUUUUCUGUUUAACUAAAAAUUUUGUUUUACUUGAAGCUUUUGCUAAUAAAAACACUUUACUCCAGCAAGCGACUGAUAAAGACCCAUAAUUAAUAUCUAUUUUCUAAGGUUUUAUAGGGGUCAUUUAGAAGAGAAGUUGUGAAUUGCCAAUCGAAAAAAUAUAUUAGAGUAUUUAUUUGCUUUAUCAGUAAGAAAUUUUAGUUAAGAAAAAAGAAAAAUCAGAAAAUUAAGAUUAUGAUGAAUAUUUUGAUGAUGAAGACGAAGAAGAAGGAUCAAAUGAUUAAUAGUAAUCAGAAAAUAAAAGUGCAUCUGCUAUCUAAAUAGAAAAAUCAAAUAAAUUUGAAUAUGCAAUGUAUUUACUAUAUAAAGAACUUCAGUUAAGUCCAGUUUGGAUUUUGCUAAUGUCUGGAGAUGUUUGUGCUUGGGAUGAAUACAUUUUAAGAUAUUACUACACUUACAAAUUUGAUACAAAUUAUUAAAAUAAUCCAGCAAUAUCUCUCAUCUUAAUUCUUCAACUAAGAUAAACAGCAACUAUUGUAAAAGAAUUUAUCUCCUACCUUGAGUAUUACAUACAAAUGUAUAAGACGUAUUCUGAGCAAGGUGAAACAUAACAAUUUAUUGAGGUUGGGAAAAAAAUUGUUUAAUUUUUAGGAGAAUAUUUAUACCAUUUAAUUACCAAAGACGCCCACAAAAUAACUGAGCUUGCAUAGGCUUGUUAAUUUCCUUAGGUUAUACUAAAUUGUUUAGCAGAAGAAGAAUUUAAUACAAUUACAGAUGAAAAAGAGAAAGAGUAGUACUAAAAGGAUGAUAUUAAUAAAUUAUUUGAAAGAGCAGCUCGAAUUUAUAAGGAUUAAAUAGAGAAGUAGAAUUAUUAUGACUUUAUUUAUGAUUUAUAUUCUAAUGUUGAUAAAUUGUGCUUUAAAUAACCUAAAAGUACUAAAAAAGCAAAUUAAGCUACUCACUUCUCUUAAAGUCUAUAAUAAGAUGGAAUAGUCUAACUCCUUCUUAUAAGCACAUUGACACAAUUAUAGGAUAGCAGAAAGUUUUUAUUUUCAUUUAAUGAUAAAGGAUGUGAUCAUUAUAAUUAAGUCAGCUAUGAAAUUGAUUUUCUAUUAACAACUUUUGAUAUCUUUUAUUUUAUGAAGUUGGAUAAUCCUAACUUUUAAAAGUUCUACAUGCAUCCAAUUAUAGGCUUAUGCUGUGGAUUUAAUAUUGAUGGCCAUGAGAUAUUAUCUCAUUCUCCUGUAAAGCCAAUAGCUAAUUCAGAUUUUAGGAAAAAGUUUAUUGAACUUAAAAAUCAUGAUGAAAAAGAAAAUUUAAAAAUUGAAUAGAUCGAAAGUAUAUUUUAAGACUUUGGUUAGAUAAUUUAAUAAAUAGCAAAAGAAGAUCCAUCACUAAUUCUUAAGGAACCUAAUAAUGAACCCAAUAAAGAACCUAAAGAAUAAAAAAUAAAGAGAUUUAGCUUAAACUUUUUCUCAAGCUUAAACUAUUCUGUAAAAACUGAGAAAUCAAGAUAAUUCAUGAAUAGGCUAAUAGAAGAGUUUGAUUCUUUUAUUGAAUCACAAUAUACAACUGAUUCUACAGAGAAUUUUUUUUAUUUAAAUUCUCAUAAAUCAGAGUAGCAAGAGUAAUUAAGAGAUGAAGUAUCAUAAGAAGAAAAAUCAUAUUUAGAGUUUGUAGAAUCCCCUAAUGCUCAAACUCUUUUGGGAUUCUUUAAAUAGGAUUACGAGUGCUUAUUUAACAAUAGCGUAAUGAUACAAUACUAUCAAGAAGAUCUAAAAUUAUUUGUAAACAUACUUUAGUUAUCAGGAUCACUUUGGUCUUCGUUUGCUAAAAAUACUGAUAAUGAAAAAUUUACUAGAUAAAUUUCUUAAGCUACUUAAUUUAUGAACAGCAAUAAAAAGUCUUUAUUAUAAAUUGCUUCCUUAUUCUUUGACGGAAUUGAUAAUGAUUUAUCUACUAUCUGUGAAAGCAUGAACAUAAGUCCAAAGCUGUUAAAAAUUUUUUCUAAAGUUUUUUUGGAUAAAUACUAUACUGAAAUCAAGGAUUUUGAAAACCUUCUGUCUCUGACUAAGUAUUCUGAAACGAAUAAAAAGGUAAUUAGGAAUAUAAUACAUAUAUAUAGUGGAGGGCUUGAUACAAUGUUGGAUAUCACAAAAUUUUCUCCUCUAUUUUAAUAUUCACAAUGCUAUUAAAUUUUUUAUUAGAUGCUUUACUCAUUUGAUAGUUGGAGUAUUCUAAGCUAAAAAACUGAUCCUUGUAAGAUUAAUAUAGCAGAAUAAGUUUUUCUUUCACCAGAUAGAGAGGAAAAUAAAUUUAUGCUAUAAAAAAUUGUUUUCAAAUUGUGUAAAGAGGUUAUGAAAGAAUAAGUAAAAAGAGCAAAAGAUAAUAAUGAUCAAUCAUUUGUAAAUAAAUAUUCUCACCUUCUUGAAGAAGGAAAAAAUAAAGAAAAAAACGAAUUUGUGAUAGAAGCAAUAAAUUGCAUUAUUGAUAAUUCUUGGAAGUUCUUAUUUAACUAAAAAGAAGAGUUGAUAAAUUAAUUCAUGAAUUAUACUUUCAAUGUAUCUGAAAGCUAAGUUAAACUUUUAAAGAUUUUAUGCAUAUUUAAACCUAAUUUACAUUAAUUGCAGUAGAAAGAAAUCAAUCAAGUUAUUAAGGAUCCACCUAUCAAAAAUGGAUUUGAGAUUCUUUAGUAAUUUGGACUUAUUGAAAAAAAUAUAAGAAAAGAAUAUUUUGAUUUAAUACUUGGAAUAACUAGUGACAGAGGAUUUUUAGCUAUAGAUGCUCUAAUAUAACUUUAAGAUGCUGGAAAAUUAUUUGGAAAAAACAAUUCUGUGGAUUAACAACUUAAUCAGGAAGGUAGUAAUUCAGGAUAAUUGAAAAAGAAAUUUUAAAAUAUACAAACUAGUUUGAUUCUAAGAUCUUUGUAUCUAUGGAAAAAAAUAUCGGCAACAAACUUUAAUCACAAGUAGCUUGAUCCUUAAUAAGAUUUAUAACCACUAGCAAAUACCAUAACAUUUUUAACUGCACAUGUCAUAGAUUUACUAGAGUCAAAAUCUAAUGUAUUAAAUAAUAAUACUAUUUCAGUUUCUUUAGAUAACGGAGAUAUAAAUUAUAAAAAUCUAAUUUAACAAUUCAAUUCAUUUUUAGAGUGUGGACCUUAAGAUAUAUCUUUUUUAGAUGAUUUAGAAGUUGUUAAAUCUUCUGAUAAAACUUCAGUAGCAAACAUUUCUGAAAGUUUUGGCAUUUUAGCAAAAUACUUAACUGCGACCAAUAUUUCUUGUUAUAUUUCAAAAUUUUUCUCAACGAGUAUCUAUGAUGUAAUUGGAAGCACGCACGCUGUCCCAGAGUUUAUGUUAAGCAUCCUCGGAUUUUUCAUUUCAGGAAUAAAAUCAUCUGAGAUAUAAUUAGAUAAAUACUUUCAAAACGCAGAUGAAAAAAGCUUUAUUUUCUAAUUAUUGUAAUAAAAUGGAAAAUUCACUGAAACUUCAAAAAAUUUUGCUGAGUUUUUCUAUCAUUUUACAAAAAUUAUGCUAAUUUAUUAAUUAUAGAUUAGUUAAGAGGAGAAAAAUAAGCAGCUACUUGAUGAAUUUUAUUUUUUUUGUUAAAACUGUUUCAGUAUAGUUACUGGAAAAGAAAUGCCUUAAUUUAUAAUUGAUUCCAUUGGUGCUUUAAGAGAUUUAGAAUAAAAGUAAGUAGAUGUUAUAGUGAAGGAUUUGAUUAUUUUUUUAGUGGAAGAGACUAACUUGAAAGACUAUUUAGAAAUAAAAAAUGAAGAUAAAUAAAUUAGUCAGCAAUUUUAUUUAAUAUUUAAAAUGCUUUCUACUAUAUUUAAUCGUCCUAUUAUCAGUUUGUAAGAUUAAACAGUAGUUUAAAAUCUUAGCUUACUAAUUCAAGUUUCUGGAGAGGAAUUUAUUAGUUAAGAGUAGGUAUAAAGUUUGGUUGGGCUUCUUUAAGGAGAUAUUUCAAAUAUAUUUAAUUUAAUUAGCUAAUUUAAUCUAUUAAAUUAGAAUGAUAUGAAAACAAUAUAAGAAUUUGUUUCUACAACUUAAAAAUUAGCUGUUUUUUCGAACCGUAGCUCUCUAGAACAAAUUAAAGCAACUCCUUAAUAAGUUGUAGAUGACUAAACAAAAGAUAUUCUAAAAAGGCUGAAUGAAGGAAAAAUAAGUAUUUAGGAUAUUUUUAGAUCUUUAGUAAACUAAGAAGGUUAAAAUGGAAUGAUUAAUAUUGAUACAUUUUGUACCUUCUUGAAUAGAAUAGGUAUUACACUUAGUUAGCAUAGAGCAAAUGAAAUUUUUGCAAUUAUCAAAAAGAAAAACAUACUAUCAAGCUAAAAAGAAUAAUUUUUAUUAAGCGAAGAUGAAUUCGAAAGAGCUUUUGAAUAUGUUAAUCUUAAAAAAAUUAGUAUGUCACUUGAGAAGUUAGGAAUAUCUGCUGCUUUGUUGGCAUUAUCUCUAGGCACAUUAAUACUAAUACUAAUUUUAUUAUUUGUGUUCAUAUUUUUAGGAAUAUAAGCAUUCACUUUAGGUGGAACAUUUGGGGCUAUUAUAAAUUCUAUCAUCCCAAUGGCUGCAGCAUCGGGUACAGCUGCAUCAUAAGAUGAUAAAACAUAAAAUUUGAACGAAAAAAGUAUUAAAAAUGUGGUAAAAGAGAUAGAACAGAUUUUAAAUUCAAAACAGCUUUGA